UUCUUCUCCGACUAUCUCACAAAUAAAAACAAGACGCCAGAUCGCUGUUAUGCGGAGACGUAUCUUCCACGCGAAAACAAAGAGGCUCUUCUUAUCUCCUUCCCAGUCGUGAGAAGACUAAUUGUUUUUGUUGUUGAAUCCAUCGUCAAUGGAGCUGUCGACGUUUCUGCUUGGUUUCAGAGCUUCUGCAAACUCGUUUUUAUCUCAGUAUGAACCACUUGCUCUGCUUCUCGCUCCUGCCUUUGCUCUCCUGGCGGCUUGGAUUAUUCAAUCAUUAUUCCACUUCGUUGAAGAAAACGGACUCAAAGCAUCUAUUAUCGGAUUCAUUAUGAAGUCUGCCAAAUUGAUCCCUGGUGUGAAGAAGUACAUAGAAGCUGAGAAACAGAAGGUUGUGGAGAAACUACAAUCUGGUAGUAAAUCUAAAAGAGACUCCUGGCUAACAGAGCUGCCUAGGGUGGGACUUGGUACAGAGGUCAUAGAAAAUAUGAAAGAAGAGAAAGGAAAAGAUAUCGCUUGGAAAGGCAAAUGCUCCGGUACAGUCUACAUUGGUGGAAGUGAGUCUGAGGGGCACUUUUCUGUGAUAAACGAGGCAUAUUCAAUGUUUGCACAUACCAAUCCAUUGCAUCUGGAUGUAUUCCAAAGUGUAGUUCGAUUCGAAGGGGAAGUGGUUGCAAUGACAGCUGCAUUACUUGGCAGUAAAGAGAAUAAUUCAGGAGGACAAAUAUGUGGCAACAUGACAUCUGGAGGGACUGAAAGUAUAUUGUUAGCUGUUAAAUCAUCACGUGACUAUAUGAAAGCAAAGAAGGGGAUCACAAAACCUGAAAUGAUAAUACCUGAAUCUGCACACUCGGCAUAUGAUAAGGCGGCACAAUAUUUUAACAUCAAGCUAUGGCGUGUUCCUGUGAAUAAAGAAUUUCAAGCAGAUGUUAAAUUGAUUAAACGAUUUGUCAACAGGAACACAAUUUUGAUUGUUGGAUCUGCACCUGGAUUUCCACAUGGCAUCAUUGAUCCUAUUGAAGAGCUUGGUGACUUGACUUCUAGUUUUGGAAUUUGUUUACAUGUUGACCUCUGUCUUGGCGGUUUCGUAUUGCCUUUUGCUCGUAAGCUUGGGUACCCAAUUCCACCAUUUGAUUUUGCGGUAGAAGGAGUAACAUCAAUAUCAGUAGACGUGCACAAAUAUGGCUUGGCUCCAAAAGGAACAAGCAUAGUUCUGUAUAGGAAUCAUGAAAUUAGAAAGCACCAGUUUGUUGCUGUUACUGAAUGGUCUGGUGGGCUUUAUGUUUCUCCGACCAUAGCUGGGAGCAGGCCUGGGGGUUUGAUUGCUGGGGCUUGGGCAGCAAUGAUGUCUCUAGGUCAAGAAGGGUACUUGAAAUGCACCAAGGAAAUCAUGGAAACAUCAAAGAGAAUCCAGAAAGGAAUAAAGGAGAUUCCAGAAUUAUUUAUCAUUGGAAGACCAGAUAUGACAAUUGUGGCAUUUGGCUCAAAUGAUGUAGAUAUAUUUGAGGUGAAUGAUAUUAUGUCUUCCAAAGGGUGGCAUUUGAAUGCAUUGCAGAAACCCAACAGCAUUCAUAUCUGUGUGACCCUUCAACAUGUGCCCGUUGUCAAUGAUUUCCUGAGAGAUUUGAUGGAAUCUGUGAAGACUGUAAGAGAACAUCCAGGUCCUAUCAAUGGGGGGCUUGCUCCAAUCUAUGGUGCUGCAGGGAGGAUGCCUGAUAGAGGUAUGGUUCAGGAGUUGUUGGUAAAUUUCAUGGACAGCUCUUGCUAGCUGCUGCAGCGAUCUUUUACAUCUUGUUCUCUGUUUCAUGUGUUUCAAUUGUAUCAUAAUCUUUCUUCACUAAAGUUUAUGCAUUGUGAAUCAGACACCUAGUGAUAUGUUGUACAAGCAUUUCAAUUCUUUGUAAAACAUCCAUAAUCCAGCACAUAUUGCCCAUAUGGAGUAAAAAUUGUCAAACCA